AUGUCCCAAUUAAAAUUACUAUUGUGGAAGAAUUUGCUCCAGCAAAUUCGCUCUCCCAUAUUUACUGCAUUAGAAUUUGUUGUUCCACUAUUAUUAAUUGGCAUCACAUUUGGCUUAAUGAUUGCGCUACGACACAAAUAUGAACUUUCACAUCAAUCAACAACAUAUAAGCCAUGGGUAAUUCAUGGAUCAAUCAUUGAUUUGAUUAUGCCGCCAGAUUUCUCACAAAUAUUUAUCGAUACCAUUGUUGACACACAGUAUAUAGUAAGUGGUAAAACACUUCAUGAUGAUUGUAUAUUUUUGAAUGUAACGAGAUGGUCCAACAAUAGCAAUAUUGUAGCAAAUAUUGACUUGGAAAUUGUUUACACUCCAAGUAAUCCUGCUAUUGAUGAAAUUAUGCAAAUUAUUCAGGAACGAUAUACCACUUCGGAUAUAUUCGAAAAAGUGGAAAAUGAUAUAUUAUUUGUGCGAUUAAUAGAACUCGACUUCUUACAAAAAUUUGAUUCAAAUAUGAUGCUUAAGAAGCUUAAAAUAUCAUCGACAACAAAACUUACAUGUGGAAUUGUUUUCGAUGAACGAUUCGCCAACUCUGUCAAUACAACCGAUGCUAUUAGUUAUUCAAUUCGGUUAACGAAUACUAAACGUCGCUAUCAACCAAUAUUAAGUACUUUAUUACCAUGGAAUACACAAAUUAAAUUUGCUGUACCAAUUCGUAUUGGACCUUUGCAUAAAUUAAAUCCAAGUGGUGGAAAUCCUGGUUACUGGCAAGAAGGCUUUUUAACAUUACAAAAAGCAAUUGAUGUCGCCGUACAGCAAUAUUUAUCAAAUACAACAACCACUGAUUCUGUGUUAAUGCUUCAACGUUUUCCAUAUCCAUCCUACAAGAAUAUUAUCAUCGAACUUGGCGUAUAUUUUUUAUCUACCGUUGUUGUAUUUUCCUUUUUGAUCAAUGUUGUUUACAUCACACGAACGAUUGUAACCGAAAAAGAGACUCAAAUGAAGUCAUAUAUGAAAGUUAUGGGUUUGUCACAAUGGAUUUUAUGGCUUUCUUAUCUCAUAAGUAAUCUUAUCAAACUAUUAGUAAAUGUGAUUAUUCUAUCUUCACUUUACUACGUUGUCACGCCAAAAAGUAAUCCAACCGUAGCAUUUGCUUUAUUCAUUCUUUACGCAUUUAACGUGAUAUACGUGGCAUUUACUGUUUCAACUUUCCUUCAUUCAGGUGCUGCUGCAAUGCAAAUUAUACCAUUUAUAUGGGUCGUAUUGUAUGGUUGGCAUCUCAUCUUUAAUGUUAUGGAUUUAAUUUCACCUUUUUCACCAUCAAUCCGUUUGUUGAACUCACUGAAUCCGGAUAUUGCUCUCACGUAUGCAUUAGGUUUCAUGUGUCAACAUGAAACACUUGGCUCCGGAGUGUCUUGGUCUCAGUUAUUUGAAAAUCCAACACCUGAUGAGCCUCUGACGUUAGGUCAUUUCUUCCUGAUGCUUAUCAUUGAUGCUACUAUUCUUGCUAUCAUAACCUGGUAUGUUGAAGCAGUGAAUCCAGGCUUUGUUGGAGUACCACAGAAACCAUAUUUCUUCUUACAAAGCAAGAAAGAAACAAAGGCUGUGAAUCAUUUGUAUACAAAAAUAUAUUCUGGUCAAAUAACAGUCUUGUUAGGGCAAAAUGGUGCUGGUAAAAGUACCAUAUUUUCGAUUCUUACCGGUGUUCGACAACCAACUAGCGGUACCGCAUAUAUCGAAGGCUAUGAUAUCCGGAAACAACUACCGGAAAUUCGAACUCGGCUUGGAUUUUGUCCACAAUAUAACAUCAUUUUUGAUUGCUUAACUGUCAUGGAGCAUCUUGAAUUCUUUUGCAAGUUGAAAGGGCGUGAUUGGCAGGUGGAAGAGGCAAAUGAUUUACUGCAUAGGCUUAAAAUUGAUCAUAAAGCGCAUGUUUACGGAUACUAUUUAUCCGGUGGCCAAAAACGUAAAUUAUCCCUUGCAAUUGCACUUAUUGGUCGCUCUGAGGUUGUCUUGUUGGAUGAGCCAACUUCCGGAAUGGAUCCCGAUGCACGACAUGAAACUUGGUCGCUACUUCAAGAUGAAAAGAAAAGGCGUACAAUAUUACUUACAACACAUUAUAUGGAUGAAGCGGAUAUUUUAGGCGAUCGGAUAACAAUAGUAGCAUACGGCGAAUUACAAUGCACCGCUGGUGAAUAUCGAUUAACGGUAUUGUAUAAUAAGGAUAAGAAAGUAGAUGAUCAUGCUGCAGCGGUAUUGAAGACUUUAGCUUUACUUCGUCAAUUCAUUUUUGGUGUUACGAUCCAUUCAUCGAAUGGUUUUGAAGUUACCUUUUUGUUACCAGCAGAUCAACGACAAAACUUUCCGAGCUUAUUUCAAAAAUUGGAAGAAAGUACUGAUAUGCUUGGGAUCAGUACGUUCGGUGUAUCGGUGACAACAAUGGAAGAAGUUUUUUUGAGGGUAUGUCAAAACGCUGCCAAAAAAUUGUUGCCUGCGUCGGAUAAGGAUAUUGUAGACGACAAGAAUUAUCAUUUUGAAGCCAUUUGUAUGCUACUUAUCAUGGAAGCCUGCGUGAUAAUACCUGUACCAAAAGAGCAGCCUAAGCUUGUGAUUGACUUUCAACCUUACUGUAGCGGUGGAAUUAAUGCUAAUAUCAAUGUAAAAAAUAUAACGGCAGUAUAUUUUCAAAGAAGUCUUCCAGAAGUAAUACGAGAGGCAGCUUCUAUAAAUGCCAUGCACAAAUGUCCGUUCCAAAUGACUGUCACUGAUAAUAUCACCAAAGAAUUGAUUGAAAACUUAGAUGAAAUGAAAGAUCGUGGUUUUGGUUUACAUAAUCCAAUCGCAUACAAUUAUUUCAACAAUUUAUUUAUUCAGGAUUGGUUGAUUGCAAUGUUCAAUAAUUAUGCAUUACAUUCUCCUCCACUGGCAGUUAAUAUCGCUGAUAUAGCAAUUAUGAAUAGAAAUAUUCAACGAAAUAUCUCUAUACAAGUCAGCAAUCAUCCAUUACCUCCAGCAGCAACAGACACACUCAAAAGUCAAGAUGUUAUUAAUCAGGCAGCGUUGACAAUCGGUUUUGCAGCUAUCAUGUCAAUGAGCGCGAUAAUGUGUGGAUUGCGACAUUGGACUUAUUGGUUUACAGCAUUUCUAUGGGAUUUUACAAUUUUCCUAAUACCUGCUACACUUUGCAUUGGCGUCUUUUUUAUAGUUGAUUUAAAAGUUGGCUAA